AUGCCACGUAGUAUGAAGACCUGUGACAAGGAUAUAGAAACACGUGCGAGGGAGGAAUGUGAUUUGACCCAUAACACGGACAGAGCAGAAGAUAGAAAGAGAAGAUACAGUCUAGAAGAAUGCCUUCGUAACCAUUCGGUAUGUCAUAUUGAAGUCCCCCUAUCGCCUCGGCUGAGCACACCUUCUCCUUGUGGCUCUGGUGUACUGUCGCCCGCCUCACAAAUGAAACGAGCGUGGAGUCGCGAUAUUUCCACCGACAUGAGAGCAUACAAUGGCAAAUACCACAAAGUUCAGUCA